AUGACAAGGCUAGGCAAUGACCAGAUCUCAUGUGCAAUUUCAAACGUGGAGAACCUCGCACCUCAAAUAAUUAGACAAAUUACCAGAGAAAUCAGUGAACUUCAAUUAUAUCCAGCUGAAGGAAUACAAAUUUUGAUAAAUGAAGAAGACAUAACUGAUAUAAAAGCCAUUAUUGAAGGACCAGCUGGUACGCCAUAUUAUGGAGGAUCAUUCAAAAUAAAAGUAUCGCUAAGUAAAGAUUAUCCUCAAAGUCCACCAAAAGCCUUUUUCCUUACAAAAAUUUUUCAUCCGAAUGUUGCUAAAACUGGAGAAAUAUGUGUGAACACGUUGAAAAAAGAUUGGAAAUCCGAUCUAGGAAUAAAUCACAUUUUACUCACUGUGAAAUGCCUUCUUAUUAUGCCUAAUGCUGAGUCAGCACUAAAUGAAGAGGCUGGUAAGCUGCUACUGGAACAUUAUAAUGAUUAUUUUGACAGAGCCAAAAUGAUGACAGAGAUACACGCACAGAAGUUACCAAAAUCUUCGAAAACUGCUGCUGAUGGUUGCAAUGUUGUUGAAUAUGGAGGCUCUUUGUCCAAAAAAUUUCUGGCUGAUAAAAAAUUGUCUGCUGAAAAAAAAAAGAUAUUAAAAGAUAAAAAAAAAAAUUAUGCUCUUCUGAACAAAAGUUUUCAAAGGCACAACGGCCGAAAAUGGACAGUUUUUAAGUAUUGUGAGCUUAGAUCUCAACUCCACUACCACUUCCUCAUCCAGUUUCCAAAACCUACUACUUAUAGAUCCUGCGUUAUCCUGAACCUUUUCUUGUAUCAAUGA